UAGAAUCCCUGUCAUCUUCGUCAGGCGGGACUCGUGCAGAAGUGCGGCGUUCCUGCCGGUCAGUCUCCAUUCACCUCUCUGACGCAGACACCUGUACCAAGCUCCACCGAACAUGCUGGGCCGCGUGCUGAAGGAGGUGAAGCUGCCGUUCCCGGACGACUUUUUCCCAGAGAUGGCGGUCUCGGGGCAGCUCGCGGACGACUUCCACCACACCGCGACACGACUUCUGAACCAGACACUGGACGCUGAGUCACCCGUCACACGAUUCCACCCAAGCCAGCAACCAGACGAGUGGAAACUCAUCGGAGAUCGCUACGGCUUGCAGCUCUAUCGAGAGCGCGGUUUUGCCAAGGGCAAUGCAGUCAAGGUGAACGUGCUGGGUCAGAUGACUGGCACACUGGAAGACGUGCUGCUAGGUCUCUAUGCCACGACCAACGGAGCGCUCAAGACGCAACGCUCCAUUAUGCACAAUGACUAUCUCGAUGCAGCCGUGUUGCAUGUGCUGGACGAGGACCCGUACAGUGAGGAUGACACGGGCUUCUCAUACCAGUUUGCCGGUCUCAAGUGGCUCGCAUGCGCUCCGACGGGCAAGUUGGUGCACAAGCGAGAUCUGUGCUGGCACGAGGAGCUUGGACGCACACAAGAUGCCAAUGGGGACGAAGUGGGCUAUCUAGUGAUGCAUUCUGUGCGGGUGGACGAGUGUCCUCCUUUUGAGCAGCAAGGGCUGACACGGUCGACGGCCGCGGUGUGUUACAUCUUUCGUCCGCUCCCGAACAACCGCGUGGCGGUGUACAUGAAGGGACAACAUGCAGUUGGUGGCAAGUCCAGAAGCUGGAGUGCAGACUCAAUCAUGGCUGAGUUGUGGCUGGGCGUUGCGAGCGCGCUGGAAUGUGCCAAGGCCAAACGACUGUCGAAACUCGUGAGUGACAUGGCGAUGUUCAUCACCAGUGCACAGAGCAAAACGUGCGAUAUCUGCGACUCGAAGCUCAAGAUGCUUAAAACCAACCAGCACUGCAAGAUUUGCGGCAAGAACGUGUGCGAUCGCUGCCGAAUGACCAAGAUGAUCUAUCCGUCUCAGAACACUGGCAACUUCCCGUGUAGUUACUUCUUCUGCAAACCGUGCUUGAGUGAUGCAAAGGAAAAACUUUACGGACGUUCCGCAACGCGGAUAAGCUUCCACUCGGAGGAUUCAUCAGGGCGAUCUGGAUCAAACAGGUCAGGGUCACCACGCUACGCUCGUGCUCCAUCAACCGGACGGCCAGGACUAUCUAUAAUGUCAUCAUCAUCUGGCCCCACUCCGGGACGCCAACGAGUGCUAUCACAUGACCAAGCAGGAGCAGCAGCCUACAAUGGACGUAGACUUCAUCAGUUAAAUCCACGUACCACCUCUACCAGCUAUUCUAGUGCUCGUGUUACUACGUCACCGAAUCCGCCGAUGUCAAGUAACAGAGGCUUCAACCACAUCAACGACAAUCUCAGCAGUGCCACUGGUGUUCAAACGAUGCGAGUAUACCAGCCACCGGGCGGUCCAUCAAUUCGUUCAGUGGAGAAUCGCACAGCUACAAGUCGGCCGAGAAUUCAACGCACAACAAGUGAUUCAUUGCGCUGCAAUGUAGCGUCAAGAACCUACAGUAAUAGCCGUAUGCCAGCUCAACGCACUACGGUUCAGAUGACUCACAGUGGCAGAUACGUAGGGAACCAGUCGAUUGACAGUACUUACGAUGUCGAAGGAAACGAGACUUAUCGCGGCCGCGGUUAUAUUAGCGAUGAUAGUGAUUUGAGCGAGGAGUCCACGGAUGAAGAGGAAGUGCACGGCUAUAGCAGUCGGCGACAGCUCAUCAACGUGUAUGACGCCGAUGAAAGCAGCGUGAUCGAGAUGAGUCGUCCUUCAAUAUCUGGUAGCGAUUCGUCGAGUGAGCCCGAACCUGUGGAUGUGUUCGAGAAGGACAAGCUCAAGUACAUCAACUCCUUUCGCACCAACGACGCAGGAACGUCCAGCUCAGUCGGCGGUACAACAGUUUCUUCAAAUGGCUCAACCGAGCAGGAGAACCUCAUGGAGAGACUUAUGCAGAUCAACAUGGCGGCAGAAGCAACGUACCUGAUGACCAAGUACAAUUCCACCAUCCAAGCGAACAAUUCUAGAUAGGCACACAGAUUUCGAGAGAUAUUAUCUCAAACUUGUUUCUUUGUCCACUCAGUUUAGUCCGCAGUUUUCUUGCCUAGGCGCCUCAAAUGUGCCAUUUGACGGCGAUACUCCAUGAUCGGAACCGCUGGACUUCCACCUACAGCCACGAGACAGUCAGGAUCAGACUCCUUUACCCUAAUAUGUAGUAGUUUAAAAACACAUACCGUAGGUGGC